GUGACAGAAACGAAAGCACUCGAGACGCCUAAGCAGUGAUCUCUCGCUCGUCGCGCCGAAAAGGCCGCUCGGAUAUGACACCCGUCAGCGACUGAUAUAUAUCCCUGUUUAUUCCCAAAAGUGACACCCCUUGACGUUCCCCAAGCUUGUCAUCAAAAAUGUCACCUUCGGUGUCAGCGAUCGCGUUAUUGAUGCUCGCCUUGGCCAUCGAAGGACUUCCUAUAGAUUCAGCCACCGAAGGACUCACACUAAGGAUCGUGCACACCAAUGACAUGCACUCUAGAUUCGAAGAGACGUCAAGGGUGUCAACGAGAUGCAGUUGGAAUGAUUCUACGACAGGAAAGUGUUAUGGGGGUUUUGCAAGAAUAGCCACGUUGAUUCGACAAGCUCGAAAUUCGACGGUUCCAAGUCUCUUUUUAAAUGCUGGAGACACGUACCAGGGAACCAUCUGGUACAAUAUCCAUAAAUGGAAAAUUGUCACCAGGUUUUUAAAUCUCUUAGCCCCGGAUGCGAUUAGUUUGGGAAAUCACGAAUUCGACGACGGAGUGUCCGGAUUGGUGCCUUUCAUCGAAAACGCGAGUUUUCCAAUUUUGGCGUCAAAUUUGGAUCUGAAAGACGAGCCCAAGCUGCAAGCUACAAAAUUGGCGAAGAGCACCGUACUUUUGGUGAACGGCACCAAAAUCGGGGUGAUAGGGUACUUGACCCCAGAGACGCAAUUCAUAUCCAUGACAGAGAAGGUCCACUUCCUGGACGAAGUGGAAUCCGUCUCGAGAGAGGCUAAAAAGCUGAAAGCGGAAGGAGUAAACAUUUUAAUAGCCCUGGGCCACUCUGGAUACGAGACGGACAAAAAGAUCGCCAGGGAGGUCGAAGACAUCGACCUCGUGAUCGGGGGCCACACCAACACCUUUCUGUAUUCAGGGAAACAGCCAGAUUCGGAAAUGCCGGAAGGGCUUUAUCCCACGGAAGUGGUCCAGAAAAGCGGAAGAAAAGUCUACGUAGUCCAGGCUUACGCCUACACGAAAUACCUGGGGAACUUCACCACGACUUUCGACUCCCACGGGGAAGUCCAAAGUAUCCAGGGGAAUCCCGUACUUGUGGACUCCACUGUAAAGCAGGCUCCAGAUAUUCUAGAGGAGCUGGAGAAAUGGAGAAAAGCCAUUGACGAAGUCUCUCACCAAGUUGUUGGUACAACUCGCGUUCUUCUCGAUGGAGACAGCAAAACGUGUCGAAGAAAAGAAUGUAACCUGGGAAACCUCCUCACGGACGCCUUCAUAGACUACAAUUCCAGACAAUUCGCCGGAGACGAAGGGUGGACCGAUGCUGCGAUUGCGGUUCAACAUAGUGGAGGCAUCAGGACAUCGAUAACAAGACACAACAAUGAUCAGAUCACUACGGCAGAUGUGUUGGCUGUUCUCCCUUUUUCAAAUGGCCUCGUCAGGGUUUCAAUGACUGGUGAUAAUAUUUUGGAAAUGUUGGAAUGGAGUGUCCGGUCUCUUCAAUUGGAAACAACAUCUGAUCUCAAUGGAGCCUUUCUUCAGUUCUCUGGUCUUCAGGUGAUUUAUGAUUUGGUUAAACCACCCAAUUCCAGAGUAAUUUCCGUUCGUGUUCGCUGUGCCUCUUGUCUGAUACCGACUUAUAGCGAUCUGCUCCGAAAUGAGACUUAUCAAGUCCUCAUGACGGACUUUACGCAAAGUGGUGGAGAUGGAUACAAAAUGCUCGUCAAUUUAAAGCACACUGUACUCGGAAUUGCCACGAACGACAUUUUGGUGGAAUAUUUAGGAAGAAGAAGCCCGGUAUAUCCCUCCACGGAAUGGAGAAUAAAUUACCAAAAUACGGAAAAGAAAGUGGACGAAACGGAGAAUGGAAGUUCCGAUGGUACCAGCUACUCUGGUUCAUCCUACGUAAUAGUUCUAUUGCUGGCAAUUGUUUCUUGGAAUGUCUGAAAACCGUCAAUCAUGUGAUUCAUUUUUAGAGGGUUUCUUUUUUGUUUAUAAAGAUCGAGUGUUAAUUAAUUCCGGCAGGAACUAGAACUAGAAAUUUUAAAAUCGCGACGGAAGAAAUGUACAUUGUUAAUCGACGUUACAACCAACGCGUCGAUAGGAGUAUGUUUUAGUUAUUGUUAAAUUAAGUUUUGUUUACCUUCAAAGCGAUGAAGAAUCUUGUCAAGGAGAAUCCUAUUCUCCUUGACAAAAUUCUAACUAUUUAAAACUAUAUAAAUUCUAACUAUUUCUCAUUUUUAUACACCGUUGACGUUCUGUAUAAUGAACAUUAACAUAAACGUGUUAAGAGUAAGAGCUUGUUCUUAACAUCAUUUGAUAAUAUUAAUAAAAUCACGUUAAAUGUGAAGUGGAGAAUAA